GAACAUAUCAUAGAGUUCUGCGGUCUGACUACAGUCCAAAGAAAGCCUUUGUCCCGUCUUAGAGAACUGGUGCGGUGUCUGCUAUUGACUAGCGAAAGCGAUCGGGAUUUGGAUCAGUAGUGGACUCGAAUUGGUGCAGUCCUUAAUAUAUUGUCUGAGUGAACUCAACCUUUCUAAAAUCCUAUCAGAAUGAGAGAAAUAGUUCAUAUACAGGCUGGCCAGUGCGGCAACCAAAUUGGGGCUAAGUUCUGGGAGGUGAUCAGUGAUGAGCACGGGAUCGACCCCACCGGCACCUACCAUGGAGACAGCGAUCUGCAGCUGGACAGAAUCAAUGUCUAUUACAAUGAGGCCUCAGGUGGAAAGUACGUUCCCAGAGCCAUUCUUGUGGACCUGGAACCUGGCACCAUGGACUCUGUCCGGUCCGGACCCUUUGGCCAGAUCUUCAGGCCUGACAACUUUGUGUUUGGUCAGAGUGGAGCUGGAAACAAUUGGGCAAAGGGUCACUACACCGAAGGUGCGGAACUGGUCGACUCGGUCCUUGAUGUGGUCCGCAAAGAGGCCGAGGGCUGUGACUGCCUGCAGGGCUUCCAGCUCACACACUCCCUGGGCGGGGGUACAGGGUCCGGCAUGGGCACCCUGCUGAUUAGCAAGAUACGGGAAGAGUACCCCGACCGCAUCAUGAACACGUUCAGCGUGGUGCCCUCCCCCAAAGUCUCGGAUACUGUGGUGGAGCCCUACAACGCCACCCUGUCAGUCCACCAGCUGGUGGAGAACACGGACGAGACCUUCUGCAUCGAUAACGAGGCCCUCUAUGACAUCUGCUUCCGCACCCUGAAGCUGACCACGCCCACUUACGGAGACCUCAACCACCUGGUGUCCGCCACCAUGAGCGGCGUCACCACCUGCCUGCGCUUCCCUGGCCAGCUGAAUGCCGACCUCCGAAAACUGGCGGUGAACAUGGUGCCUUUCCCCCGCCUUCACUUCUUCAUGCCCGGCUUCGCCCCUCUCACCAGCAGGGGGAACCAGCAGUACCAUGCCCUCACUGUGCCUGAGCUCACCCAGCAAGUGUUUGAUGCCAAGAACAUGAUGGCUGCCUGCGACCCGCGUCACGGGCGCUACCUGACCGUGGCCGCCAUUUUCCGCGGACGGAUGUCCAUGAAGGAGGUGGACGAGCAGAUGCUGAACGUGCAGAACAAGAACAGCAGCUACUUUGUGGAGUGGAUCCCCAACAACGUCAAGACCGCCGUCUGCGACAUCCCACCCAGGGGCCUCAAAAUGGCCGUCACCUUCAUCGGCAACAGCACGGCCAUCCAGGAGCUGUUUAAGCGCAUCUCUGAGCAGUUCAGCGCCAUGUUUAGGCGCAAGGCCUUCCUCCACUGGUACACUGGAGAGGGCAUGGAUGAGAUGGAGUUCACGGAGGCCGAGAGCAACAUGAAUGACCUUGUGUCCGAGUACCAGCAGUACCAGGACGCCACUGCUGACGAGGAGGGAGAGUUUGAAGAGGAGGCUGACGAAGAUGACUGAAAAAAUUAUAAAAAAGAAGAAAUCUGGGGUUGAUUUGAGGGAGGUAGACACAUACAGUAAGGAAAUAAGGAUAUAAGCAACAAUAAACACAAAAACACAAAAGUGAGAAAAAAAAAGAAAAUGGGUUAAAUGGGAAGCAGCCAGGGGAAAAAUAAAUGAAUCAAUGCAUGGGCACGGGUGGACCAGGGUGGGCCACAGCCAGCUAAAUAAUAUCAUGGCCUUGGCUGAACCACAGCACCCAGGUGUGAAUGCCUGCCUAGAUAGUUCUGAUCCACCUAGUUCUGUGCAGGCCAAACUAUACAAAUAUUUCUGGCUAUGCUGCUACAGGUUGAAGUAAAGUCAAAAUAAGAGCCAGGUUAUUAGCCUUUUGAUCAGUCGAAUGAAGAUAACCAACGACGGAAAAGACUUUCAACCCAGCCACAUUAACUUUGAAGAAAGAGGGAUAUGGAGAUGUCAUAGGGUCAAUGUAAGGAAAGAGCCAAGAGGUCAAACCACACGAAUAAGAAAGUUUAUCCAUUUAUUUAUCCACUUUACUUUUGUUCCACCGCCAUGUUUUGCUCACCGAGCCAUAGCAACAACACUCCGAAGCCUAACCAACCAGCGAGUGUGAUGCGAGUGCUAUCACUGCGCUAUGAGAACAGUAGAUGAGUGGUGUCAAAGGUUAAGUGGGGUCAGCUUAAAAAAUUGGUGAGAGGAACGCAAUGACACAAAAUCAGCACACAUGUCAAGCUAAGGAUGGCGCAAUCAUGGAAGAAAGUAAAGACCAAGAGAGUGAAUCUCACUGAAAGAAAAUGCGUUAAGACUGCUAAGAAGAGACAGGAGGAAUCCUGAGAAUAUAAAGUUGUCAAAUUAUUUUCAGCUGUGUGAUGUAUCUUGCGGUAAAUGAUUCAGUUUUUUUAUUCUCAUGUUCAAACAACCAAUUAUUUUCCCUGUCCUAUGUUUUUAUUAAAUGGCCAUGAGGCAAAUUCGUGAUGGCUGAAA